AAUGGGCAUCCAAAACCGACUCGUUUAGUAGGGCGGCAUGUCACAUUACGAGACCAGACACAAGUUCAUACAAACUAGGAUCUGGCCAAAAAGAACAAAAGAAAGACUCCGAGGCUACCCACGCAUUGGGUAAUCGGACCCAGGGCUUACCUUAGCCACAGCGAAAAGUAAAGACAAUAAACAAAGCCACGAUCCCCUUCCCCAAAACGACAACCAAAUAAACCUUAGCAGGAACUUGUAGAAAUUGCUACACAGGUCCUCCUCCCAGGUAUCCAUGCACAUGCGAAUGGGCGAGAUAGAAAAAGAAAGAAGCAAAGAAGGGUCGCAUGUAACAACUGUCAAGUUACCAGAAUUUGUUUUCAUGGAUGGCUUCUAAGACGGUUCCGGAGGACGGGUUUACGAAUGGAGCGCUGAUCACGGAAUUGGAAGCUGUGGCCAAAGACGCUGCCCUUCUGCAUGGAAUUUUAAUGAGGACAAAGGAGUCGCCAAAUUCGCCGGAGGUGGCGAGCUACUUCCCCUUCACCCUCUUCCCUUCCCCCGUGCCGAAAGUGUGCUUCGACCAGGCGCUCGCCGUGCAGACGCAUUUCAACCGGCUGGUGGACAAGGUCAGCCAGGACUCCAGAUUCCUGCAGGAGGCCCUGGCCAGCACUAUCAAAGUGGAUGAUUUCAUCGCAAGAUUGUUCGACAUAUACACGCACGUUCUUCAGGAGGGCUGCUCUCAGCCAGUCGCCGUGGGCCUGAAUCGCUCAGACUACAUGCUGGACCAGGGGCCCGACGGGAACCCGGCCCUGAAGCAGAUCGAGAUCAACACCAUCGCAGUCGGCUGCGGCGGGGUGUCCUCGCGGCUUCCGGCCCUCCACAGGCACAUUCUGAGGGUCGCUGGCCGAGCGGAAGAGCAGAAAAUGAUCCAGGACAAUAACCCGGUGGCAGGGAUCGCCAAGGCCCUGGCCAUGGCCUGGAAGCUGUAUGACCGUGAGAGGGCCGUGGUCAUGUUUCUGGUGGCGGAUUCUGAGUUAAAUAUCUACGACCAUCGAUGUGUUGAGAAUGAGCUGUGGAACAGGGGUAUUCCAGUCAUACGAAGGAGGUUCGUGGAUGUGUGUAAGACAGGGUCUCUGGACCAGGACAAGAGGCUGUUUGUAGAUGGCCAAGAGGUUGCAAUAGUGUACUUCCGUAGUGGGUUCAUGCCACAGAACUACACGGAACAGGGCUGGGGGGCCCGGCUCAUGGUGGAGCGCUCUCUGGCGCUCAAGUGCCCCGACAUCGCCACCCACUUGGCCGGAACCAAAAAGGUCCAGCAGGAGCUGGCCCGCCCCGGGGUCCUGGAGAAGUUCUUUCCGGAUGACCCGGAGGCUGUGGCUCUGAUCCAAGCAACGUUUACUGGACUUCACACUCUGGACAUGGGAGAGGAGGGAGACAAGUCUGUGGCCAUGGCCUUGGCAAACCCGGACCAGUACGUCCUGAAACCCCAGAGGGAAGGAGGGGGUAACAACGUCUACGGCGACGACAUCCGCCGGGCGCUGUCGGGAGCCGCGGGCGGCGCGGAAAGGACGGCCUACAUUCUGAUGGACAGGGUCCGGCCCCGCCCCUUCUGCAACUACCUGCUGAGGGGCGGCUGCCCCCUCGGACCCAGCGCGUGCGUGAGCGAGCUGGGCGUCUUCGGGGCUUACGUGAGCCGUUUGCCGUGCGUUUGUGCUCUUCCACACAGACAGGGGAAAGAUAUGCUGCUCAAUGAGUGCGUGGGACAUCUUCUCAGAACCAAGAGUGCAGAAUGUUCCGAAGGAAGUGUGUUCGUAGGGGCGGCCCUGGACACCCCGCUUCUAGUCUGACCCGCCUCCUGGAGGAUCGGCCGCCUGUUGGAACAGCGUACCAGAAAUACCUCGAAGAGCCUUUCCACCUAAUGUGCUGCUCUAUGCUACAAAUAAUACAUUAAAAAAAAAACUUUCAUCAAUGCAUAUUUUUGGUG